AUGUCUUCACAGGGACUGACACACCGGCCCUGCAGGGAGCACGACAGGGGCCCACCCUGCCGCAAAGACAGGGAAGGCAGAAUCCGUGUAAAGGCUCCUCCAGGAAAGGUGGAAGAGGUGGUGAAGUUUGCUAUCGAUGCAGGCUACCGCCACUUCGACUGUGCCUAUUUCUACCAGAAUGAAAAUGAAAUAGGGAAUGCGAUCCAGCAGAAGAUCAAGGAGGGGGCUGUGAAACGGGAAGACCUCUUCAUUGUCACUAAGCUGUGGAACACAUUUCACGAGAGGUCCCUGGUUAAGGUAGCAUGCAAGAGGAGCCUCGCGGCACUGCAACUGGACUACCUUGACCUCUACCUGAUACACUUCCCUAUGGGAUUCAAGGCUGGUGAAGAACUGCAUCCUCUGGAUGAUAAGGGUAUGAGCAUCCCCAGUGAUACUGAUUUUCUGGACACAUGGGAGGCCAUGGAAGAGCUGGUGGAGUGUGGUCUGGUGAAAGCCAUUGGUAUCUCCAACUUUAACCAUGAACAGAUUGAAAGGAUCUUGAACAAGCCAGGACUAAAAUACAAACCAGUAAACAAUCAGAUUGAAUGUCAUCCCUACCUAACCCAGGAAAAGUUGAUAAAGUACUGUAAAUCCAAAGGGAUUGCUGUGACUGCAUACAGCCCCCUAGGAUCUCCUAACCGCCCAUGGGCCAAGCCAGGGGAACCUGUGCUGCUGGAUGAUCCCAAGAUUAAAGAGAUUGCAGUUAGACAUCAAAAAACCCCUGCCCAGGUUCUGAUCCGGUUUCUUAUCCAAAGAGACGUGAUUGUCAUUCCCAAGUCUGAUAAACCACAGCGUGUUGAGGAAAACAUCAAGGUGUUUGACUUUGAACUGCCUAAAAAGGAGAUGGAUGUCAUCCUCAGCUUUAACAGGAACUGGAGGGCGGUUCCAGUGCUCCCAGCUGUCAAUCACAAGGACUACCCAUUCAAAGCAGAGUAUUAAUGCACUGGUUUUCCAGAGACCUCCGCGUAGCUCCUU